AUGGUCUUGUCGGUUGGGACUUCCGUCUCUAGAUGGGCGGUCUUCGGUCUUAUCGGGCUUGCGUCUGGGUUGCGGACGACGCCAGGCUCGCCGUGUGCGAGUACUUGCAGCCCAACAAACGAUACGCUGCCGUCAGAGGUUGUCUGUCUCGAUAGUGAAUAUAACACUACCGAGGCAGGGAGGAAGUUCGAAGGCUGCAUUGCGUGCCAGCUGCAAAGCACCUUUGUGGACGACGCGUCAAGAGAGUCGGACGUCGAAUGGGGUCUCUUUAACCUUCGGUUCGCCUUCUCAUCGUGCGUCUAUGGCUAUCCGGAAAAAGUGUCCGAUAUCUCCAACUCGUGUCCAGUGGCAUGCAAAGACCUGGAAACAUCAGUCGAGUACGAUUUGGACAACCCCUCUGGCGAGAAUAUCGAGACAUGGUGCGACACGGCCUCGUUCGCCGAUAACGAGAUUACCGACUGUAACAAGUGCUACAACCUGACAUCAGACGAAACGCAUCCCCAAGUAUACCUGGCGAACUUCCUCGAGUCCCUCCGCUACAACUGCCACUUCCAAACACCCACCGAACAAGAAUUCCCCAUCACCCCAAGCCGCAUCUUCUCCGAGUCCCUUCUGCCUUCCUCCUCCGCAGACCUCAUCUCCGGCGACGGCGGCGGCGACAACUCAAACCUAGCCCUUAUAAUCGCCAUGCCAAUCCUCGGCUUCGUGAUCCUGCUCUGCAUCCUCGCGCUGGCAUGCUUCUUCUUCAUCCGCUCCCGCCGCAAGAAGGCCCGUCGACUGCGCCAGCCAGCGCACCUCCACGCCCGCUGGAACGACACGGGCAUCAGCACACCGCAAUGGGCCAUGGAGUACCCCGCGCAGGCGCAGGGCAUGUAUGGGCCGGGUGUGUAUUCGCCAGAGUCGCAGCAACAUCCUCAGUAUGCGCAAUCGCCAGGCUUCGGCUUCGGGUUCGGCUUCGUUGAUAACGAUGGGCGCGGGCAGGAGGUCGGGUACUCGAAGGCCGUGGAACCGGUCAUUGCGUCGCCGUCGACGGCGUAUUCGCCGGAGGAGAAGGGGCCGCAGGCGCAUAUGCAGCCGUAUCCGCAGCCGUGGCCCCAGCAGUAUGAGCAGCAGAUGUAUUUCCCGCCGCCGCCGGGUAAUGGCAAGGGGAGGCAGGAGUGA